UCAGGCAGCAUCUAUGGAGAGAGAAAAGUUUUCCCAGUGGCCGCCAAAGCUGAGAGGAAUCGCCUCCAGUAACAGUAUCGCCGUCUGUAACCUGACGCCUGACUCUGUAACGUGAGGCUUCAGCCACAGCUCCCACCCAACCUGAGACACAGACUCCCACAGACACAGACACACAGAGAGGCACAGACACGGGGAUUGCAGCUUUCAAUCAUUCCUUCAAUUUGCAGGCUCCAGUCAAUGCCAGCCCCGCUGUGCGUGUUGUGCCGGUGCUGACAGCUGCCGUUGCUGUGAGGUCCCCAGGUCGGGGCUGGGUAAGGGACAGACAGACACCAUGAACCCCCUGGGCUCGAUGGACAGACACAUCCAGCAGACCAACGAUCGGCUUCUGUGUAUCAAACAGCAUCUCCAGACUCCAGGCAGUUUCCAGACGGCUGCUCGCGAGCUCAUCGACUGGUGCGAUGACCCCAGGGCCUUCCAGAGAGCCUUCGAGCAGAGCCUCAUGGGAUGUUUGACGGUGGUGAGCCGCGUGGCCAGUCAGCCCGGCUUUGACGUGGAGCUCGGGUACCAUCUGCUGGCCGUCUGCACCGCUCACAGGGAGAAGUUCACCCCCAAAUCAGCAGCAUUGCUCACUGUGUGGUGUGAGGAGUUGGCACGGUUGCUGGUGCAGCAGAAGCCGGGAGCCGGCGGUGGGAAGGACACCCUGGCUUUCCACAGCCACAUGAACCCCCUGAAACCAGGCCCUGGCCCUGGCCUGGCCCCCACUCACAGUGAUGGGUCCUACAGCUACAAUGACUCCGUGCCCUGGCAACAGAGCAGCAGCCAACCCCCCGGCUCCCUGUCCGUGGUCACCACAGUGUGGGGGGUUAACAACCCCCCUCAGAGCCAGGUGCUGGGAAGCCCUAUGGCCAGCGGGGGUAAUUCCGGUGGGAAUCCCAUGGCUUCCCGGAUGGCAGGGAGCAGCCCGGGAAUGAGCUCUCCACAGUACAUGGGACAGCCAGCAUUCCCGGCCUCAGAAUCCGGCACAAACAAGGGCUACUUGCCCCCCGGGGGAUAUGUCAGGCCCGGCUACUCAUCAGCCUCCGCCUACACAGGAAGUUACCCAGGAGGAGGGGGGGUGACAGGCCCUCAUGCUCGGCCGCCCACACACUUCGCUCCCCCUGCGGCGGCCGCUGCUGCUGCUGCUGUUGCUGCCGCCGCUGCCACCGCUACAGCCACCGCCACAGCCACUGUAGCCGCCCUGCAGGACAAGCAGCAUGGGGACCUCAGCCCCUACAGCCAGAUGAACGCCGCCUCCUACAACAGCCAGUUUGUGGGCCCCUCUGGGCCGCGGGGGGGGCAGAUGGUGGGGGCCAUGUCACACGUCGCUAUGAGCCACGCCAGGCCCCCAGGAAGUCCAGUGUACAGUGGGCAGCGCCUGCCACAGCACGGCUACCCCUCCCCCAGGCCUGCUCAGCACCCAGCAGCGCAAGCCAUCAAGAGGCCCUACCUCAGUGAGCAGGGUUUUCCCGGCCAGCAAUACGGAGCUCCCAGCCAGUAUGUGGGUCAGGCCGGUCACUACCCCUCACGCUCUGUGCCGUCCCCCAACUAUCCCACUCACCGGGGGGCCGCAGGACCCGGCGGGCAAUACCCCCUGGCUCAGUACUACAAGAAUGAGCAGUAUAACAGCCAGACUGGCAGCUACCCUCCCGGCUCCUAUAGUACCUACAGCCCGGCUGGCGUCAAUGGGCCGGUCAGGACGAUGACAGGAUACCCCAGCUCUCCGCUCUCUGGGACCCCCACCCCCCCACUGGCCCCCGCCAGCAGUGUCCCACUCUACGUGUCCCCGGGUCAGGACAUCAAAUCAGCCUUCCUCCCCGACAUCAAACCCAACCUCAGCUCCCUGCCCCCCCCUCCCUCAGGGCCGGGUGGUGAUGAGCUGAGGCUGACAUUCCUGGUGCGAGAUGGGGUGGUGUUGGAGCCGUUUCGCCUGGAGCACAAUCUGGCCGUCAGCAACCAUGUCUUCCAUCUCCGUCAGUCAGUGCAUCAGACCCUGGUGUGGAGGCCGGACCUGGAGCUGCAGUUUAAGUGCUAUCACCACGAGGACCGUCAGAUGAACACUAACUGGCCGGGGUCGGUGCAGGUCAGUGUGAACGUCCCCCUCAGCAUCGAGCGAGGGGACAGCAAGACAUCGCACAAGCCUCUACACCUCAAACAUGUGUGUCAGCCUGGCCGCAACACCAUCCAGAUCACUGUCACCGCCUGCUGCUGUUCUCAUCUCUUCGUUUUACAACUGGUUCAUCGUCCCUCGGUGCGCUCUGUGCUGCAGGGCUUGCUGAAGAAACGGCUUCUACCUGCAGAGCACUGUAUAAACAAGAUUAAACGUAAUUUCAGCAGUGGGGCAUUGCCACCGGGCAGUGCAGGGCUGAACGGGGAGGAUGGGGUGGAGCAGACGGCCAUUAAAGUCUCGCUCAAAUGUCCCAUCACCUUCAGGAGGAUCCAGCUCCCAGCCAGAGGUCACGACUGCAAACACAUACAGUGCUUUGACCUGGAGUCCUACCUGCAGCUGAACUGUGAGCGAGGAACGUGGAGGUGUCCUGUGUGCAAUAAAACAGCGGUGCUGGAGGGGCUGGAGGUGGACCAGUACAUGUGGGGAAUCCUAGCGGCCAUUCAGAACACGGAGUUUGAGGAGGUGACCAUUGACCCCACGUGUAGCUGGCGGCCGGUGCCGGUCAAGUCUGAGCCUCACAUUAAGGACGAUCCCGAUGGCCCUCUGGCCAAACGCUGCCGCACCAUGAGCCCUGGCCAGAUGGUGCUGCCCAACGUCAUGGACAUGAUCGCAGCCCUGGGCCCCAGCCCCAGCUCAGCCUACCCUGCCCUAGGGGGCAGCACCGAGUACCCCCAUCACAGCUCGCUGUACACUCCGGGCAGCUUCCCCGACAACAACCCCGGCAGCGCCUCCAUCAGCGAGUUCAUGCACGGCCCGUCCUUGUCCUACCCCACGGACAUGCUGGCCCUGACAGACAAGCCUCACUCCAUCCCAGACCAGCUACUGACGGAGAUCACAAACCCAGAUGAGUUGCUGACGUACCUGGGCCCCCCUGACCUGCCGUCCAACAGCAACGAUGAUCUCCUGUCCUUGUUUGAGAACAAUUGAAGGGGCUUCGUGUUGUGAUCGGGGCUGAGACCCGGGACCCAGAGAGACAAGCCCCUUCCCCUCACGUCCGCCCCAGACCCAGGCUCUGCCUUUAGCAGUGACUGACAGACGCCAACGAGCGAGGCCUUUUUGUUUUGGAAAACACGGAAUGCCGAUCCAUACUUGGUCCAAGAUCCGCCUACCACACGCGUGUCCGUGUGUCCAUGUGCUCCUGACAGCAUCGACUGAGUCUCCAUUAUCAGGUGGGAUCGAUGGAGCCCCUCACGGAAUCUCUCUCCGCUCAGGAACACUGGAAUCCUUCCCCCCCGAGGCUGUGGGCUGGUGGGAGCAAGUGCUGACACGGAGCCUCAGCCAAGACAGUACUUGUUCAACAUCCUCGUGUCUGAGCCCCGGCUCUCGUCACAAACAGUUACCCCUCACCUCCUCGUCAGACACAGUGCCCUCCCCCCACCCCUUCACAGUGGUGUAGGGGGAGGGGGUUAGGAGGGGAAGGGGGUGACACAGGUAAGAAUGGGAUUCAAUUUUUCUUUAUAAAAAACAGCACAAGAGGAGAGACACAUCAGCGCAAUGUAACUGAAAGCCUCUUCUCCCCUCCGCGACAAACCAUGUUACUGCCCGGCUCACGGUGACGGGUUGGGAUGUGUGCAGGAUAGGGGGAGCUGUGUGUUUGGGGCUGUAUUGGUGGGGUGGGGGUUUUUCUGAUGGAGCCAGGCAACCAACGACAGAUGAAGACACUCUUUAUCCCAUUAAGACCUCUUUCUCGCAGAGAGGUCGGUCUCUGACGUGGGUUUGAGAUGGCAGCGAUCUCUGGUGUCAUCAACACAGAGCCCCAGCCACAGGAUAGCGCCUCAGAGCCUCAUGCUCUCCACAAGUGAGUGUGUGUGUGUGUGUACGUGAGUGAGUGAGUGUGUGAGUGAGUGCCAUAAUUUUUCACAAUAAAAAAUGAUCCAUCGCAUUGUUCGGAGUUUGACAUCUUCCGUUAACAUGGAUGGAGUGAUACGAGGAAAGUUACUGGGAUCAGCCAUUGUUACACCCUCUUCCCUCUC